UAUCAAACAGCGGGCAAAUCUUUAAAUAAUAGUAAAUUAUUUUUCUGGGGGACAACCGUGAAACGUUAUGCUAAAAUGUUCGACUAAUGUCUGUACUCUAUAGUAUUCGCCAUAGAUAAAAGACUACUCGCGAAUCGCUUACGACUGUCGUGGCCUAUGGGCCUAUUAAUUAUUAGUAAAUGUUUUAAAUCGGGUCCACUGAGGAAACGUUUUCGUACGUAGCGGACUUGGGCCGUUCGUGAUAUUUCAUUGACCAUGCGUUGGAUUGCUGCACGAUGCGCGUUUCAAACUAUACUUUCUGGAAAGCAGAUGAGCCCCGUUACUGUCAACGUCUUGACACUGCGGUGUCAUGGGUUCUGGCUGAAAUGUUGGCAGACAGAUCUAGCCAUUGUAUCAAGGAAAAAACUUACGAUAUAUUUUAAUACCAGACGUUGUUUCAAUAUCACUUCUCCGUUGGGAGCGUCAAAAAAUUAUUACGACGUACUGGGCAUUCCAAGAGACGCCAAUCCAAAGCAAAUCAAAGAUGCUUAUUACAAACUGGCAAUGAAACACCACCCCGAUAAAAACCAAGGAGUACUCACUAAGGAGUUCAGAGACAUUAAAGAAGCAUAUGAUGUAUUGAGCAAUGAAUCUAGUCGGAUGAAGUACAAUAACAGUAAGGAUUUUCCAAACAAUAACUAUAGAAGUCAGAAUAGUAGUACAUAUUCUAGUAAUUGGACAUCUAAUUCUUCUUAUGGCCGUUAUAACACAAAUUAUGAAUAUACAUAUAACAGGUCAAGAACUGAGAAUAGCCAUGCAAGAUACAAACGCCCAGAGGGCUAUAAUUCACUAAAACCAUUUAAUGUCUUUAUAAAUGUAAUUUCAGUACCCAAGAAUAUUAUAAAAACUCAAAUUGAUUUAAUGUUAUUGAGUUUUAUCAAAAACCGUACGUUAAAAUGGAUUUUGUUUCAACUAUUUCAAUAUCUAUGGACAUUGGGGUUGAAAAAUUUAAAUUAUAAUGUAUUGAUACCAUCGUCAUCACCUGGCAAUGGAUUAGGAGAGUUUAUCAAGAGUUUGCUCGAAAGCCAAACGAUAAGGAUUGAACUAACAGAAAUAGAAGCAAUAAAGGGUAAAGCAGUCAGAGUGAAUGUUAGUGAAAAUGAAAAAGUGCUAGUAGUUAAUCUACCCAGAGGAGUACAAAGAAACCAAUCAUUCUACUUAUUUUAUCUGAUCGAUGAUGAUGAUAAUAUCAAAUUUAAAAGCUGAAUUUUGUUACUAUUUUUGUAAAUUAAAAUGUAUUUAUUUACAGAAUAGUGAAUUAUGCUUGCCCUUUUACUACACAAUUAUCAAUGAUACAAGAAGCUAUUAUUAAAUAUGUAUGACACAAGUGUGUAUGUACAGAUUAACUUUGGUACCUUACUAGUAUUGAAAUAACAAAGUCGUACAUGCUGCUUUGAUUUAGAAGUAUGAGUGUAUGAGUAGGAAAGCAUAUACUUUAAUUUAUUGUAUAUUUUGAAUCAUCUAUGAGAUUUUGACUGUUGAAACAAUAUUAUAGAAGAAAAUACUCUAUUAAUUUUAGUAUUU